GAGAGAGUGGGGAGGAACCAAGCCAGGGGAGGGGCGCACGGCAGCACGGCACCGCGCGCAGCCCUCGCCCGCACCGGCCGCCGCCACGCGCGAUAGGACUGGCAGCGUAGCGAUGGCGGCCGUUCAUCAAGGCUCGAGGGGUCCGACGGUAAGCGCCUCACCACCGGCAGUCGAGUUCGAGCAUUGUGCGCUGUUCCUAGCAGGUCGAGCACCCCCGUUCAACCCGGCGGAGACGCUACUCCUCUCCAGGGAAAGGAAUCUCCAACCAUUGCAGACCGUUGUUUUCCAGUUUCAUGCGGCCAAUCCAUCUUGCCGCCAGAGCUUAUGCCAGCUGAGAUACCCAUGAUCUGUAUGUAUUUGAUGAAAUGCACAACCGUGAAGGGAGCGGCGGUCGGCAUCUCCAUGAGAAACCGAAAAACGCAACCAUCAGGGAACUAACUAAAGUUCAGCAUGUUAUCUCUUGGGACUGCUCUACCAGAAAUAAAAGCAGGCUGCAAGCAGUUCUCCCUAGCAUAGGCGUCCACCCAGUAGAACAUAAUAGAAAAGAGAUUCUUUAUCAGUACCACAUUUCAGAAGUUACAUGGUCUGCCACUUCAAAGAAAAUUCUUACUGUCCUAAUAAGGGACGCUCUGGAUGCUUUGAACUUAGUCCGCUACUGCUGUAGGCGAAUGUUGAUGACCCAUGUCGAUCUCAUCGAGAAGCUCCUCAACUACAACACACUCUCAUUCCUUGACAGCGCUGGAGAAGACCGACGCUGCCAGUUAAGCGAACCUGGCUUGCCCGAAUGCUGGUCCAUGGCACCUAGUACCCUUCAAUGGAGUGUUAUGCUGUGUGUUAAUACAAUGUGUCUGGAGUCUGGACAAACUCAAAUGCUGUUCUCUCUAUCCCAUGCUCUGUCUGCCGACGAGUGUGUUUGGAAGGUCAUCGUAACUUCAAGUUAACCAGGGAUCUGCCUUGUGCUGCCUGCUAUGUGAUAAUUUCUGAACAACUGGAAGAGUCAUGGGCGUACUAAUUGACAUGCCGUUUUACCCUAUGUGUCAAAUUUCCAUGGUUAUAUAUAUACUAUCUUCCCCUGAAAUUUGCGAGAUCGAAUGCGUCAUGCUAUACAUUGUAAAAUCUAAUGGUAAUCCACGUUGAUGGAUACCCGUAGCACUUUUUAUCAGUUUAUAUUAAACAUGGUGCAGUCAAACUUUGCUGUGGAAAGAAGAGGGAGAAUUGGCCACCCUUGCACCAUCAGGAAAGGCCAGAGGCCUGCAAGAUUUCUCUCGUCCUUCCACCGUCCGCAGAGGCCCGUGGCUUUCAACAAAUUGAGAUUAUUAUCCA